AUGGAAAUGAGAAAUCACACAAUGGUGACUGAAUUCAUCCUGCUGGGAAUCCCUGGGACAGAGGGCCUAGAGACUGUCCUCUUCUUCCUGUUCUCCUCAUUCUAUUUGUGUACUCUCUUGGGAAAUGUGCUCAUCCUUACAGCUAUCAUCUCUUCCUCUGGGCUGCACACCCCUAUGUACUUUUUCUUGGGAAACCUCUCCAUGUUUGACCUGGGUUUCUCUUCAACAACUGUUCCCAAGAUGCUGUUAUACCUUUCAGGGCAGAGUCAAAGUAUCUCUUUUCAGGGCUGCAUGGCCCAGGUCUUCUUCUACCAUUUCCUGGGCUGUACUGAGUGCUUCCUAUACACAGUGAUGGCCUAUGACCGCUUUGUCGCCAUCUGUUAUCCCCUGAGAUACAUGGUCAUCAUGAAUCACAGGGUCUGUGCCAUCUUAGCCACCGGGACCUGGAUGGGUGGCUGUGUUCACACCAUCAUUCUAACUUCCCUCACCUUCCAGCUGUCCUACUGUGCCUCUAACAAGGUAGACUACUACUUCUGUGACAUACCUGCUGUCUUACCUCUAGCCUGUGGGGACACAUCUCUAGCCCAAAAGGUAGGUUUUACAAAUGUUGGUCUUUUGUCUCUCAUUUGCUUUGCUCUCAUCCUUGUUUCCUACACUCGCAUUGGGAUCUCCAUAUCAAAAAUUCACUCAGCAGAGGGCAGACAGCGAGCCUUCUCUACCUGCAGUGCCCACAUCACUGCAAUUCUUUGUGCUUAUGGGCCGGUAAUCAUCAUCUUUCUCCAGCCAAAUCCUAGUGCCUUGCUCAGUGCGACAAUUCAGAUAUUGAAUAAUCUUGUCACCCCCAUGCUGAACCCACUAAUCUACAGCCUUCGGAAUAAGGAUGUAAAAUCAGCCCUGCGAAGUGCAUUUCAUAAGAGAGGCUUUGCUAUGGAGAAAAAGAGAAAACCUACAGCUUUGGUGGGCAAAGUUUGA